AUGGUCAGCAGGGAACCUGGAAAUUCCACGAACUCGAUUGACAAGCAAUCAGAAGAGCUUCCAGAUAGCGGCAUUGAAGAUCUUUCCCACCGAUGUUCAGGGAAUGGAACUGGUACUCAAUCUGGUACUUUAAAUAGGCAUAUCAAAACACAUACAGGAGGAGAAACACCUUUCAGUUGUGAGUAUUGUGACUAUAAAUGUACUCAAUCUGGUCAUUUGAAGGAACAUAUCAGAACGCAUACAGGAGAAAGACCUUUCAGUUGUGAGUUAUGUGACUAUAAAUGUGCUGGAUCAAGUGCUUUGAUGAAACAUAUCAAAACUCAUACAGGAGAAACACCUUUCAGCUGCGAGUAUUGUGACUAUAAAUGUGCUCAAUCAAGUGAUUUGAAAUCACAUAUCAGAACACAUACAGGAGAAACACCUUUCAGCUGCGAGUAUUGUGACUAUAAAUGUGCUCAAUCUGGUACUUUAAAUAGGCAUAUCAAAACACAUACAGGAGGAGAAACACCUUUCAGCUGCGAGUAUUGUGAUUAUAAAUGUGCUCAAUCUGGUCAUUUGAAGGUACAUAUCAGAACACAUACAGGAGAAAAACCUUUCAGUUGUGAGCUAUGUGACUAUAAAUGUGCUCAAUCAAGUGCUUUGAUGAAUCAUAUCAAAACUCAUACAGGAGAAACACCUUUCAGCUGCAAGUAUUGUGACUAUAAAUGUGCUCGAUCAAGUAAUUUGAAAAGACAUAUAAGAACACAUUGUAAAGGAGAAACAACUACUAGCUGAAAAUUUCUGACUUUACGUGUGCUCAUUCAAAUUCAUUUUACUGUGUUCCCAGUAAGGGGGUCACUAAUAACAGGACAAGUGUGUUGAACAUGUGUGUGCACACAAAUGUCGUCCAUACAUUGUCGUGUCAUCACAGCUAAAGGCUUUAAACAAGAUUUUUUGAGGUUCUGAGUAAGUAUCGGCUCACACCUCCCCCUCCUCUAUUUAAAUUUCCAGGGUCGCCCUGGGCUGGCAUCUGUGGAGGGGCGGAGUGGGGGAUGCUGCUCACAGUGUGGUGUGUGCCGGCGGGUGGUUGGGGACGGCUGGGCUCCUCGCGGUGUUGGGUGUCCUCCACAUACACCACGGUUGUCAUCUCACAACACUGAAAUUCUCUCUUUUCUAAGGGUACAACCACACUGAAAGCGGAGCGUGGCGUGGCGUUGAGGAGCGUCGUGAACAAUAUGUUAAGUAAUGAGCUAAAACACACUGCAAGCGUCUACUCGCAGAGCGGAGCGGAGCGUCAAAUUUUGGAGCAAGCUGGUUUGUUUUUUGAAGCGUCAAAGCGCGAGUUGCAUACUGAUGUACAUACUAGUAGUCUACUCUUGUACAUAAUAAUACACUUGUUCUACUACAUUUUCUAUUACCAUCUAGUACACUAGUAUAUUAAAUUUAAUGUUUGCCCAAAUUCCCCUGUAAUGUGUAUUAUUUGCUUAUUCAAAAGAGAACAUUCAUCUAUUGCACUUUGAAUUCAAAUGUAAGGCUAUUCUAAUCCAUUUAAUUCAAUUUUUUAUGAAAUAUAGUGCUAUCUAUUACAAUGAAAAUGACACUCAUGUAAUAGCAUUGGUAGAUAAAAUAAUAAAGUAGUCCUUGUGCUAUUUUUCUUCCAAAUUUAUAGGUGACAAAGUCCUUUUUAUACAAUUUUAGUCCAAAAUAAACAUGAAAACUAUGAAUUUUGAAUUUAGAUGGCUUUAAUUAAUAAAUUUACUACAAAUAUAUAUAUAUAUAGAUUUAUUAUGAAAUAAAUUUGGAACCACUGAAGAAACAUAAACUUUUAAACUUUGUAAUUAAUUUUUAAUUAAAAGGCUUUCUUCAGCAGAUAUUGGAUUCCUCUAAUAAUUGAGAAGGUUGUUUCCAAAAGGUUACUAGCCUACAGUAUAUCCGUUUGGUGAAAAAUUUCAGGGUAUGAUUAAUUCCUCUCAACAAUUAGUAGUAAUAAUAUUUAUUUUGAUCAUAUGUUCAAACGAAUCGGCAUGAAUUGUUAUUGUCAUUUAAAUAUUCACUUGUAUUAUAUCAUGACUACUAAAAUUAAUAAAAAUAAAAAACUAAUUUGAAAUUUUUGGAUAUAGUACUUUUUGGAAUAAAACUAGAUGGAUAUAGUACAUUUUAAAACAUAAGAGAAUCAUUAUUGAGAAGAGGGCUCGUUUGAAAAGCUAGCAAUCUGUGUUAGCUUAAAACAUUGGACCAAAUUUAUUCUUCAUUAAAAAUAUAUUCAAAUAUACCGCUCAAGGUUCUCAUCUCUAUUAAUAACUUUAAGUUUUCUAAGUGAAAAUAUUAGUAAAUAUUCCCUCAAAACAUAUUUUCCUCAUAAAAUUGAGGUUGUUAAUAGUGAUGAAAAACUCAAUGAAACUUUUCAGUUUCUCAUGGAUAAAAAAUUCAAAUAAUCUAUUAUCUCG